UUCCUGUUUUACAGUAUGGCAGCUCUCUUACAUUACAUCGUUUUUCUAUCAGCUCUUGUCCAAGGAUCAGAAUCCAGCACUGAGACUCUGAAACUGUUUCUGCUGAAGGGACUAAAUGUUCAUCUGGAUGUCCAAGGAUAUGCUAAACUAAAUAAUAUUGAGGAUUUAAAGUGGACGUUUAACAAAUCUCAGAAUUUAGUAAAAUACUCCAAUGAAUCAUCAACAGUGAAAGUAUACACUAAAUACCAAGGCAGGGUUGAGUUUUAUAAGGGAAACUUCUCUCUACUACUGAAGAACCUACAGGAAGGAGACAGUGGACUUUAUGACGCACGAGCGAGUGGUGACGAAAACAAAGAUGUUGCCAAGUACCAGAUAUCAGUUCAAGAGAGAGUUGAGCCUCCAGUCCUGACAGUGGACUCUGUCGCCUCCAUCAAUGGCAUCUGUAAUGUGACUGUGACCUGCAGAGGUCAGAACACCUCUGUCACCUCCAGCUGUAACAGCAGCACCUGCUCUCAGGUGGGAGGAGAGAGUAGAGGGUCUGAGACCUCCACUGUCCCCCUGCUCUCUGUCUAUGUGGCAGGGGCUUCCAUCAUCUGUAACCACAGCAACCAAGUCAGCUGGGCCCCUGACACAAAGGAGAUCGAAACUAUUUGUGCAUCCAAAUCUAAAACAGAGCGGGACAAAGAGGACCACGACUACAAUGUCAAAGUCGGCAUCAUCAUCAUCAUCAUCAUCAUCAUUAUUUUUGUUGGAUGUGCCCUGUUUGCUUGGCGAAUGCUGAAUAAAAGUGACAAAAAGGACAUCAUGAACACAGAGUAUGCUUCAGUCAGGGUAAGAUACCGCAGAUAUUUACCAUCACUGAUACUGUGUCAUUCUUGA